AUGGGAGGCGAGAUGAGCAAGGCGAAUUAUGUGAGGGUUGGGCAAGACCCUGAUUGGGAAAAUCAAUAUAAAGAAGCUUGCAAAACUGAUCUAGAAGUCAAGAAUUUCCACGACAAGCUUGAAGAUGAUCUAGAGGGAUUCGUCAGCGCGGAGGGCGGCAUGUCUCUGGAUUCUUUAAGGAAGGCAACCUCGAUCAUGGCAGAAAAAGACCAGCAACUCAAAGAUCUCAUACUGAAAAAUAAGAAAGAUAUCUGGAAAGACCGUAACCUGAACGAGCUGGUUGAACUAUAUAGGGAACUCAAUACAGUGAAUAAAAACUUGUACAAUGAGCUGAACAAUUGCCUGGUAAGGAUGAGUUGCAACCAAGGCUUCCUUGAGGUCGCGUUACAGUGCAUAGCGCCUUCAAGCAACCUUCCCGGCAAGGCACAGUACACCAAGUGUAAGGAAAAACUAGUGGAAUUUCAGAAGGCUGAGAAUCCCUUUAACGAAAAAUUUUCCAGUCUGUUAAAGUCUGUCCUAGAGCAGAACAAUCAAAUUCUGGGAAAACUCAAGGCGCAAAAAAAGAAAUUGGACAAAAAAUUCAAGUUGGUGAGGUUGGGGAGGAGGAUUUCGUUCAUUCUUUUUGCGAUGGUGGCUGGGUCGUGUUUUAUUUUUUCUGUGCUGGGAGCGGCCAUGUUUUCGCCGCCGUUAGCAGUGGCAAUUGUCGCCACCCCAACGAUUCUCUCUGGCCCGUCGGCCUGGUUGUUCUCACGUUUGACAAAAUACGAGAAUAAGAUCAAGAUAAGACGUGAGGUUGUUGACAUAAUGCAGAAGGUGACCUAUAAAGGGCUUAAUGACCUGAACCUCAUUAGCUUUAGCGCGGACCAACUGAAGGGCAGCAUCGAUUUGAUUCUCCUGAGCGUGGACUUCUAUUGCAAGGGAGAGGAUCACCAGAAAAUUGCAGUGGAGGAUAUUAGGAAGAAACGCAAGAGAUUUAAGGAUCAGAUCGAUAAACUGAAGAAUGAAGUGGACGAUAUCAGGGCGAAACAGCAGAGCGUAAAGGACCAGAUCGACGAUCUUCACAACCAUGUAGAUCGCUGCAUCCAGGAAUUACAAAACAACAGUUCCCAAAUUCUUCUCAAGAACACCAGGUCAGUUUGA